GCCCUCAGAAUGUAAGAUGUCUACGUCCAACUAGAACUAGAGAGGGCGCCUGUCAAACUGGUCGAUCGUAAACAAAAGUCAUGCAUGUCAUGAAAGCUGAAAGUUGUGGACGAAACUCCUGAAGUUCAGCAAGAGAGGGAACGUUUUGAGAAAGAACGUUGCAACGUUGACGCACAUUUUCUUCAUAUAUCAUGUCAAUAAAGUAAACUAUGGCGACAGGCGUCCAACAUGACCUGAUGAAGCAGACACAGUGCUUUUGGUCAAUGCUGGAUGAGCUUGCAGAGACCGAUGAAGAUGCAUACAGGAAGUUCAUGGCCACAAACCUCCAAAGAGGACAGCAAGAAUUGACACCGGCCAAGCCAUGGAUGUGUGUCAAGACCCGCAUCAUGUACUGGACGUGUGAACUCCUUCACUGCCACAGUCGGCUACAGAGUAACGCCUUUCGUGGGUUAAAGGAUUAUACCAGGUUGGACUACCGAAGCUGUCUGCAAGUAAACUGUGCCCACAUCACCAGCGCUAAAUGGCAGAAUCACCGGGUGAGGGAGCCCAAAGACGAAAUGAGACACAAAUGCUGCGGACACAAACUUACCCUGGUCCAAGCACAGCACAAGACAUUCAGACAACUCCGACCCAACAAGUCCCGGCUGGUAACGAACAACCUUCCCAGCAGGAACCAACACCACAACCACAGCCGCAACUACAGCCAAGACUCGAUUUCCCACAAAUAAGUGGAGGCAGCAUAGGAAACACCGGCGAGAUCAGCGGUAGCCAGAACCCUAUCAUUGUUGGUUCAAGUGCAGUUAAUAUCACUUACAACAAGCCGUUGGAGGAACGCGAAAUCACCGGACUCCAGGGGCCGCUGAAAGAACUAGAAUUCGUAAACCAGUUGAAGCAGAUUGGCAAUGUUCUUAAAAAGGAAUCCGAACUGAGAAGUUGGUGCCGUGGAUCAAGGCAGGCUGCUGGUCUCAUUCUGGAUCACAUACGAGAGACGCAAGGUGAUGAAGAGGAACUGCAGAGAUUGGCUCGGUUAAUGUUGUGGGACUCUGGUUCAGAAAAUUUGGCUACCAAACUUGUCAGACCAACUAGGGUAAAGUGCAAGAGUAACGAAGACCUGAAAUCACUGAGCUACUUUUUACAGCAUGUCACUCCACCACUUGAAGGUACAGUUUUUUACAUGUAUGUAAGAAAGCAGGAGCUUACCCUUCUCAGGGGAAAUCUUCUGAGUGACAGUAUGAAGUCAGCUAAGUCGAUAGUUGUUUACUACUACUUGUCUGAGCAGGAGGAGGAGGAGCUUAGCCUCCUAGAGGAAACACUUGGUGUGGUGGAUGAACAGCGCCGUGCUCAAUCUCUCUCUCUUGCGUUUUACAUUGAGGCAAAGUCAUGGUUUGACGUGGGGCAUGUAUCACACAGUCUUAUCUGCAUGCAGAAACAAAUAGGCGGGCUUGGUUUGGUUAUGAUGCAACGAUCACCAGAUGAGGUUGUUGAUCUAUUGAAGGCACUGGAAGGAUGCAGGUUGAGUUCCCUCUCACUGCAUUACACCGACCUGCAUGCGCGGAUGCGGGAUGUAAUUAGCCAUGUCAUGAUGUCAUCCCUUACACACUUGCAGCUCCCUGCAUGCAGGUUGGUAGAUGAUGAUGUGAAGGACCUGAUCAGCAUCCUUCCUGCUGGGCAUGGUUUACAAGUGCUUGACCUUGAUGACAAUGCAUUCAGUUUGGAUGCAGUGAGGGCUCUCACCCAUCAUCUCCAAGGUCUCCCUGAGUUACAUAUGUUGAGACUUUGCAACAUCGGCUUCAAUCCUGAGCUCAUCAGACAAGUUGUCAGUCAAGACUUCCCUCACCUGAAGGAAACAACAGAGGGAGUUUUCCAAAAGUCUAAAUAAUCUCCCACCAAGUCAUCACUCUCACCUUGUUCCCUAUGAAUGCACCACGCUCACGAGCCCCAUUAAACUGAAACAAGUAGCAUGUAUGAUGGGUCAUUUUAUGCGAAAUCAGUGCUCUGCAACCCCCCCCCC